GGCGGGAGUCCUGUGGAGGGGGCAAGGGCACUUACGUCGCCUCCCGCGCGAGUCAGCACGUGACCCUGUUGUUGUUCGGCGCCUUGGCGUGUCCUCGUGCCUCUCUUGUUAAAAGGUGGCAACACGAUGUCGGAGGUGGCGCCGUGGACGCGGCCCGAGCCGGUGCCCUUCCCGUGCGUCCGCCAGCGGCACGUGGGCCGGCGGCCGCUGGAAGUCGCCGGAGGAGACGCACCGCCCGCCUACGUCGUCCAGGAGCUGCCCGGCGACCGCCACGAGGAGGCCGUGCGCCUCAUGGCCGACGUCUUCCUGCGUGAAGAGCCCAUCACGUCGUGUUUUGGCUUGCGCGACGAUCCAGAGGCGUUCGCGGAGCUGCAGGAGGUGUGGCGGCUGGUUCUGUCGGAGCGCAUCAGCCUGUGCGCCCUGGUGGAGCAGCCGGACGGCAGCCCGGGGCCGCUGGCCGCCUUCAACAUGCUGAUGGUCGUCCGGCCCGGCGAGAAGUUCGAGGUGGGGGGCUGCACUCGACAGCGUCGUCUGCAAUCUAAAAAACGAGAAGCUGGCGGAUCUACUGAAGACGGUGAAGGAGGUGGAGGCGCUGGUGCAGCCGGACGUGUUCGAGCGCUUCGGCGUGCCGGAGUGCCUGUCGGCGGUGGGGCUGGUGGUGGCGCGCGAGCACCGCGGCCAGGGGCUGGGCGAGCAGCUGCUGCGGGCCCGCUGGCCGCUGGGCCGCGCCCUGGGGCUCAGGGCCACCGCCACCAUGUUCACGGGGGCCGCGUCGCAGCUGCUGGCGCGCCGCGCCGGCUUCCAGGCGCUGGCCGAGGCGGUGUACGCCGACCAGCCGCACCCCGCCUUCCACACCAUCACCAGCUCGCGCAGCAUGAUCUUCAUGGCGGCCGCCCUGGAGUGAGCAGCACGGAGAGUGCCUGGCUCGGAAACACACGUUUUUUUAUCUUUUUUAUAUGUACUUAAUCAAAACUGUAAACUACAGACUAUUACUGAAUAAAUUGUACGGAAUGAUAAACAA